GUUUUGCAAUUUGUACUAUUUUUUAAAUGAAAACGAAUAGGAGGUUUAGAAAUCGUUCCAUAUUUACGCAAUGCCUGCCAUGCGCACCAUGUCCUAGUAACAUCGUUAUAAGCACCAGAUAAUUCCCCCGAUAGCAAGGAAGACAGGCGCAGUCCUGGUGCAGCGAAAGCAAUAGUAAUAAAUAAGCUGGUGGAUCUGUUUUUUGAAAAAUGAUGGCGUAUCUAAUCUCCAAUGUGAUACCGCCCACAUUCAGACGGGACCCUUCUUCACAAUCAUCGCGAGGCUGUAGUCGGUGCAGCAGCGGCGCCAUCAUAAUUGCCAGCGAAAAUACGCCGAGCAUGAUGUUCAUGCCCUGUGUGGUCUCGUCCUGGUGUUUAAUAUUCUCUGCAUUCAUCCUAUUCCUCCCUGAGUUCCAGUCCUUUAGUACAACAAAUGCGCUGGCGAAGCGAAUGCCAAUGCCGGGUACUACACUUCCAAAAGCUCCAGCCUCUCCUUCGCCUCCUCGAAACCGCCACUUUCAAAAACUACUCCAACUUGUCGCGCGACGGGAAAACACCUCCCAAAUCAUGGAGCAGUGGAGCAGCUUCGUCAAGCCCGUACCGCGCUCGCAGCCGUUGAAUGGAGAAGAGGUUUUCCAGAAACUGAAACAGCAGCUGCAUAGCUUCUGCACCCAGGUCGCAGACAUUCGUAGACGAAGCAUGAAUCCGCCCAGUCCGAGACCUCUCCCUACUAGCCUCGAAGACGAGAAAAGUUUGUUCCUGCUCCGGCAACUCGCCUAUACCCUCGCGAAACCAAUCGAGGCGGCGCAGCAGACGGGCGGGGGGUCGGUGGCCGUUAAGAAGGAAU